GAAAUCUCUGGGGAGUAGGAAAGAGGCAAUUUCUUUGUAUUUUCAAAGGCCACUUGCCUCACCUACCCUGCAAGGGAGUUCAUAUACGUCCCCGGCUACCCCUACACGAAGUUAACAAUGGAAAAGUUCAACAGAUUUCUGUUACCGUCUUUUAGUACGUCGUCAUAUUGUGUCCAGCUGACGAAAAUAUUGACAUCUGAGGGCCAGGUUUUUGAUCAGGAACUAGUAUUUCGUCUCCUUAAAGUAUCUUUCCCAAUAUUCUAACUUCAAUGGCCCUCCGUCCUACGGACUUUGCACUAAAAACCUGCUGUCAGCAGUCUAUCUAUUUGCGAAUAUCAACAUUUUCACAGCCAGUUAAACUGACAGAUGUCAAACCGACCCACACUACGUUUGUACUCUCUUGAGCCAUCAAGUUAUUUUAAGGUUGUUCAAAGCUUUUGAGAUCCCACCUGGGUUCAGAAUUAGCAAAUCCUGUAUGGAGAUUUUAAACCACGUGGACAGCCCAGGAGACUUCAAUUAAUCUCAAGGCAACGAACGUUUUGAAUGUGAAAACCCAAAGAAAAAAACUACAUAGAAAUAAUUUCAAUACUUGACAUGUAAAACCCAAAAAGUAAAUUAAACCUAAUUUAGAAUUGACUUAAUUGCAAUUACGAGAAGCUCAAAGAUUCAUGUGCGCUUACAGUUAAUUUUAUAGCAUUUUUUAUCAGAUGCGCUUUCCCGAAAGGCGAAGCAAUUUCACUAUCAAUCAAUAUUGUCGAUAUAGGAAGUUCUCCAUUGGUUCCCUCAAACAAACAACUCAUAACUACUUAUAAGCGUCAGCGAAAAGUUGAUUCCGAAUUUCAGUUUAUGGUUGGCAGAGUUCAUCCGGUGAAGUUCACAACACGACAGCUCAAAGAAGCGGAACAAGGUAGUCGAGGCCCAAAUAUUGCGCUGGGAAAAGAUGAAUCUAACAAGUCAUAACGCAACAGCGAACAAGACCUACCAAGCUGAUUCGUUGUUUCCAUGUCCGCUACUGGACAGAUUCCUCGAAGAGACACGAGGAACACUGGAUAUUAUCUACAUUGUAAAUUCUGCGAUAAAUGCCAUAUUUUCCUUAACAGCGGUCUUUACAAAUGCGCUGGUCAUGGCGUCAAUUUGGAGAGCUUCCUCGCUCCGCUCGCCUAUGUACUACCUUCUUUUUGGCUUGGCGGUUUCUGACUUCGGAGUGGGGCUACUGGCACAGCCAUCUUAUGUGUUGUACAAGGUGGCUGGUUUGUAUAAACGCUCACAGCUCAGUUGUGUAGCUGGUAUUUCGUUUGUGCUCAUCUCUAACCAGCUAUCGGGAGUUUCUUUUCUCACUGUGACUCUCAUAAGUUUGGAGCGAGUCCUUGCUCUUUAUUUUCAUCUCAGAUACAAAGAACUCCUAACGCUUCAAAGAGUCAAGCUCGCUCUCUAUGUCACGUGGCUUCUAAGCGCGAGUGCCGACAUAGCUUGGCUUACGAGCUUAAAAGUUUACUAUUUCAUUGGGUCUGUUGGCUUUGCCAUUUUCUUGACUACAACAUUGCUCGCUUACAUUAUGAUCUCCCGUACCGUCAAAAGACAUCAUUUACAAAUUCAACGACAGACUGUAGCUGUUUUACACCUAAGGACCGCUUCUUCGCAAGAGAACCCGAACUCACGAGCAAACACCAUUGAAAGAAGCAACGACGAUGCCGUUCGUUUCAGACAUUUGUCAAUGGCCAUGUUUCUUGUAUACCUUGUUUUUCUGCUUUGCAUACUACCUUUCAUGUGUGUUCUUCUCAUAGCAUCGUUUCACGGACGAGACACAGCAGUAGAGACUGCAUUAAACUUCACAAUGACCUUGGUGUUUAUCAACUCAACAUUGAAUCCAUUUCUUUAUUGUUUCAGAUUGAAAACUCUUAGGAGAGAAGUUUGGGACACGCUGCGAGGUAUAGCCAGCAUAUGUAUGUAGCAGGGCACAUAGAACUGAACGCUAAUUUAAUUUCGACUCAGCUAGAAAGAAAACAAAAAAAAAACAGGUGCCAUGUCUGAUAUGCUUUGGAAAAGAUAAAGUUUUCAAAGUUCAAAAGCUUUCAUCGUAUUCUAUAAAUAGGGAACACGCUUGAAAAGUAAAGAUGGGUACACUAAUCUAGAUGAAUUAAAUUUUUAAUCAGGCACGCAAUAAAAACUAGAAACCUAUGGCUAAAAUGGCAUACAUUGACGCUGUUAAAAGAAGCAGAAAAAAGCUAGGCAGCAAUGUUAAAGAGAGUGUAAAAUAUACAACGAUUGAUGCCUUGUAAAGGGAAGAUUAUUCCACCUUCUGCGUGUCUUAUCACGAUUCAUUUAGGUAUGGAGCUUGUUUUAACAAAAAUUUAAUAAAAUUAAUUGAUUCACUUACUGCCUCACAUGCCAACUUUAAUGAUAGCUAGUAAGCUUAAGUAAGAAAUUGCUGUUCUUAGCAUUACAACGCCAAAAAGAGGAAGCUUCUAACAAAGUUCUUUAGCUUUGGACAAACAGUUUCAUUGCUAUAAGAUGCAAAACCGCGAAAAUUGUGCCACACAGUAAGAUGAAAAUAACAUGAUUUACACGAAUAAGAAAAUAAAUUUUGAAUAAGAGAAUUAAAUUAGUAAAAUAGCGACAAACAAUUAGCACAGUGAUAUCUUUCACUGAGUAGGCAGACCUGAUAGUUUUCAAUGUAAGUUGCGAUAUCGGAAAUCUUAAAAGAAUAGAAGUUUUUCUGUGUAUAUUUUACGUCCAUUUGAUGCAUUUUUGCUUUUAGUUCGACGCUUUGCAAAUGUCACAUUCAGGUAAAUUAAAUAAACAAAAAUGGAAUAACAUACUGAAAAAUUAGCUUGCCAAAGCAAGCUGUUCUUCUUUUUUUCCGGUCUGUAGUCCGCGAAAUACAAUAGCAUUGUGGGCGGCGCUAUGCCUGUUGUCCCAGGCAACGAUAUCGCAAAUGUUUUAUGC